AAACUUUGCGAGUAAUUUACUAGAGGAAAAAACAAGUGCAGCUCAGCUCAGAGGCAGAAGAGGGAAAGGAGGAGGAGGGAAAUACUCCGCUUGCGUUUCCAUUUGAAGUUAACUGGCUCAGAGGGAAGAGCGCUAUGUUUUCCAAGGGGGACUGCCCGGCGUUUCCUGGCGUGCUUUCUUUGCUGAAAAUGUUAUGUACCAGCCAUGUUUGGAUUUCAAAGUACGAAGGGUCGUACUACGUGAAGUGAAGAGAAGCUGGUAACCAGCAGAGGAGACGCGACUGCUCGGGCCACUAUGUGGAGCUGUGAAGCCUUGAACAGCACCCAGACCUUACAGGGCCAGCUCCUCUGCCAUGACUUCCACCUUAUGCUUUCCAUUUUUUCGCUGCUCUACCUCAUCGUCUGCCUCCCCAUCGGCCUCUGUUACAACGCCCUCCUGGUCCUCGUCAACCUGUACAACAAAGCCACAAUGACCAUGCCGGACGUCUACUUCGUCAACAUGGCCAUCGCGGGCCUCAUCAUCAACGCCAUCGCGCCCAUGUACCUUCUUGGGCCGGCCAGCGCGAAAUGGGCCAUCCUAAGCUUCAACAACGAAGUCUACAUCACGUUGCUCAUCUUAUUCAACGUGUCCUCCUUGGUGAUCAUGUACUCUACCACCCUGCUCAGCCUGGACUACUACAUCGAACGUGCGCUGCCCAGAACUUACAUGUCCAGCGUAUACAACACCAAGCACGUCUGCGGAUUUAUCUGGGGGGGAGCCAUGCUGACCAGCUUCUCGUCUCUCCUGUUCUACGUCUGCAACCACGUCUCCACCAAAAUCAUAGAGUGCUCCAAAAUGCAGAACAAGGAAGCGGCGGACGCCAUCAUGGUUUUCAUUGGGUAUGUCGUCCCCGCCAUUGCUGUGCUGUACGCGCUCGUGUUAAUUUCCCGGAUCCGGAAGGAGGCGACGCCACUGGAUCAAGACACUGGGAGGCUAGAUCCGUCUGUGCACAGGCUUUUGAUUGCUACGGUCUGUACGCAGUUCACGCUGUGGACGCCUUAUUACGUAACUCUUCUUGUAAGCACGUUAACUAGCAUGCAGGGGAAGGUUCUGGAUGAAAAUUACAUCCGAAUACUGCAUUUCACCAAGGGGCUGUCCAAAUUCCUGGCUUUCUCGAGCAGUUUUGUGAUGCCCCUGCUCUACCGCUACAUCAACAAAAACUUCCCAAGCAAACUGCGGCGGCUGCUUAAAAAACUGCACUGUGGAAAUCAAGGGUGUGCCCACGAACGCACAGCGGUUCAGCAAGUGAUAACGUAGGUAUAAAUGGACCCCUGCGGGUGAGUCCCGAGUCUGUGAAGAUCGGUGUCUCUGAGACGGUCUUAUGAGAAGACCGCCUAGUGAGGAAACUGAAAAGGGGGAUUAACGCUGUUGUAAGUCAGCCGGUUGCAGAUCUAACAUAGAUAGCGAAGGUGACUGGAAAACUUUGUUGAGAAUCUGUCGGCGUACUGUGACCCCUUGGGUUUCUAAAAAGUACCAAUGCACUGACACAGUUGACACAGUAUGAGCUUUGUUCGAGUUAUCCUACCCGGAUGAGGGGGGGGGGAAAAAUCACUAGAGAGCCAACUGAAGCUCUGAAUGAACACUCAGCACUUUGUAAUCCUGUAGCGUUCAAAAGAGGUAUUUUUAGGUUCGGUAUAAAAUAAUAGGCUUUAACUUUUUUUUUUUAAACAAAGUAGUGUUAUUUCAAGGUGGGGGAGGACAGCCCCUUAUUAGCUGAUAACCUCCACUCAGGAUCACACUGUUCAAAUGGUGUGACGCUCCAAACGACAAAAGGCAAAAUCCAUUUUAGUCUUUAAUGCUUUUUCGUUCCUGAAUUCUCCAAAAUCUUGAACUAACGGAAAUCUUUAUUUGUGAUUCUGAAACAGAAUGAUUACUCGUGAUUGCCUAGAUAAUAGCACUGAACCAAAA